CUUCCAAUAGGACACAAUACUGUAAAUACAGUUCAAGCUGCCAAACACCAACCUGCCACCAUGGCCGUCAUUGGUACAGGCUUUGAUGACCAGUCCCUUAGCAGUGAAGGCAGUGACAACCAUGUCUUCUCAGACACAGAAGCUUCCACAGUCAAAGGCUUGUACUUCCAAAGUGCUCAGCUGCUCCGUGAACCAGAAUCUUCAAGCCAGAACCUUGAUCCCUCCCAGUGGGCCCUCAUCAAUGUGGGAGGCAUCCGGUACAUCAUCCCCUGGAGCACACUGGAGGAUGUCCCCCAGAGCCGCCUGAGUCGUCUGCGCUUCUGCACCACCCUGAAGGAGAUAGCAGAGUUUUGUGAUGACUAUGACGAGAUGCGACAUGAAUUCUUCUUUGACCGUGACCCUUUAGCUUUUCGGGUCAUCCUCAACUUCCUGGCUAAAGGGAAAUUGCGUCUUCUGCAUGAGAUCUGCAAUGUGGCUCUGCAUGGGGAGCUGCUGUACUGGGGCCUCAAUAUACGACAGAUGGAACCAUGCUGCCGCCAUCGUAUGAUAUCCUCUGUGGAGGAGGUGGCUCAGCACCAGCGCAAGGAGAAUGAGUGGCAUCAGAGAAGGAGGGCGCAGAGGGCUCCUAUAGUAGGGGACAGUCUGUUCCACAUGCUGGGAGAAGCAGUGGAGAACCCUCAUUCAGGUUUAGCAGGGAAGGUGUUUGCUUUCCUCUCUGUCAUCAUGGUGGUGAUCACAGUCAUCAGUUUGUGCAUCAACACCAUGCCAGACCAACAAGAAGAAGCAUCAGUAUGUAGUAAAUGCACUCAAAAGUGCCGCAACAUGUUUAUUGUGGAAUCUGUUUGUGUCGUUUGGUUCUCUCUGGAGUUUCUGGUACGAUUUUUCCAUGCACCAAGCAAGCUGGAGUUUGCCCGUGGUCCUCUGAACAUCAUUGAUGCUGCUGCCAUCUUGCCCUUCUAUAUCUCACUGUUUCUGGAGCUUGGGGAUGAGUCUGUUCAGGAUAUUGUGGCUGGUGCAGGAAAAAGCAAUGUGGACAAACUGGGCCUAACCCUGCGCAUGAUGAGGGCCCUGCGUAUCCUGUAUGUGAUGAGACUGGCCCGCCACUCUCUGGCCCUGCAGACCUUGGGGUUGACUAUCCAACGCAGCAUGACGGACUUUGGUCUGCUGUUGCUCUUUGUGUGCGUUGCUGUGACUCUCCUCUCUCCAUUGGUACAUCUCGCUGAGAGCGAGUUGGCCCCAAACGCUGCCAGAUCCCCCCAGCUCAGCUUCAGCAGCAUCCCAGCUUCAUACUGGUGGUCCAUCAUCUCUGUGACCACAGUGGGGUAUGGUGACAUGGUGCCCCACAGCAUCCCUGGCCAACUGGUGGCACUGAUCAGCAUCUUAUCAGGGAUCCUCAUUCUGUCUUUCCCUUCUACAUCUAUUUUCCACACAUUCCAUCGUACCUACAUAGACCUCAAGGAGGAGCAUGACAGGCUGUGGAAAGAGAGGAGGGGUGCCCAGCUUGCCACUGAGGCUGAAGAAAGCAUCAAAGAAGGAGAAACUUGGCCUGAUAACUGGUCAGACAACAGACCGCUCAACAUUAAUGGUCAGCCAUACUAA